CCGGAUCGUUUACCUAGCCUCGACAUCUUCGCCUUAUGUACGUGGACAAAACUAGCGCGAGAGAGUCUGGGGACGAGGCUACCAACUAGUAGCGUCGAUGCUAGUGUUUACUAAUCUCUGUGUUCGAUCCUUCUGGCGGUAACUUCGGAAUGAAAACGACCAUUUGUCUCUAUCUCCUUUCCUUUUUGUUUCUCUGUGCAUACCAUUGCAACGGCAAGCCGUCGUCAUUCGACUUUUUUCUGUUUGCUCAAGCAUGGCCACCAGCCAUUUGCACGGCGAAUCCUGAGGACGGGUGCAGAGUGCCUCCAAGUUGGAAUUCGGAUGCAAGAUGGACUAUACACGGUCUAUGGCCUGCAGUUGAUAAGGCACGAAGUGAGGUUUACUGCAAUAGCGCCUACACAUUUAUUAACAUGAAUGCAUUAAAGGAUUUGCUGCCCGAACUGAAGUACGAUUGGCCAUCUGUGUUUGCUGACUCAAGUGACAACAGUUUCUGGAGUCAUGAAUGGAGGAAACAUGGAACUUGUGCAAUGUCAGUGGAUUUUUUGAACGAUGAGCAUGAUUAUUUUGAAACUGCCAUAUCAAUUCACAAAAGUUUCAAUAUUUACGAUGCUCUUGUCAAUGCAGGAAUUGUUCCAUCAGAGACUAAUACAUAUGACGUAGACGAGAUUGGUUUUGCCAUUACUGCUGCGUAUGGUGUGGAACCAAUGCUUUUGUGUGGAUCUAACGAGUCAAUUGGGCAGUUUUUGUCAGAGAUCCACUUGUGUAUGGACAAAACUCUCCAGCUUAUUGACUGUGGCAGCUUUGUCUAUGUAUACUCUGCUUGUCAACCUGAAGAGUCAGUGAAGUACAUAACAUCUUUCUGAUAUACAGUUUUAAUGUGUGUGCUAUGGAUGCAUUGAACUGCUUUUGUUUCGAUGUAAAAUGUGAUGUACCUGCACAGACAUGGACAAAAUUAUAAGAACACCCUGCCACUCGAUCUACCAUGUAUGCACACAUAGGUAGAUCAAAUAUAAUUAGCUUACUUUCGCUAGGAUAACCCAUUACCAUAUUAGGUUGUUUGUUGCAUUAGGUUAAUGUCUUGGGAUAUUGUGUAAAUUGCUUUUGGUCAUAAUGCAAUUCUAACGGGAAUAUAAUAAACAAUAAUAGAUAUUAAUUAAUAGCGGAAGUGGGCGUAGAGUCCUUGUUAUACUCUCUCUCUGAUAUUUUUAAUGGUUUUUAAAAAAAACAUUAUAAAUUGCAUGAGGAAAGAUUGUAGCCAUUCACUAGUCUGCUGGAUAUGCGUUUUAGUGGGAAAAUUCUGCAAACUUUGCUCCAGCUGAAUUUUUCUUACACAUGAUCACUAAUUUGUUACAAACAUUUACCACCGGAAGUGACAUCACAAUAGUCUUUAUCAUUGGUAGUCUGCUUAUUUUUUUACUAGAGCCUUGAAAACCAAACUAGGGCCGGGGCUAGAGUCUACUCUAGUGGUUUGUAGUUGGAAAUUGAAACUAACCAUUUGCAUAUGUAAACGGUGAAAAGAUGCGCCAACUUCAUGUGCUGGAUUGUGCUAGAUUCCAGAGUCUUUGCAGUGGACACUAGAAGAAUGGUGUACACAUUGAUUAGAACUCAUUGACUGAGACCUAUAAAAUAAUGAAAUAUGAGAUUCAAAGUAAACCAGAUUGAGCACUCAACAAAAUGAAGUUUUUGUGUUUGCCACAAAACGCAUGCACAGUACAUUUUGUGCUCGUCAAACAAGUUGGGGGUAAUAAAGAAAGCAGUUGAGCAAAAAUCUUAAAAGGAUUGUCUUUACAGCAGUUAGAGAUAUUUGAUCAAAGUUUGUCUACAACACAAAUGACUGGGUGUUCUUAUAAUUUUGUCCAUGUCUGUAUGUGCUAGUUCUUGUUUGUAGUAUGUUCAUUCUGACAGCAGUCUUCCUCGUCAGCAGUUAUGAACUCAAUAUUAUUACAAGUAUAAGUUGCAAC